AUGAACUUACUUAAGAUCUUGGACGGAACACCGGAGCCGCCCAUUAUAGACCUCCACCUAGAGACCAUUAAUGAUAGUGGAGACUACCACCUUCCUACACCGAUGUUUGAGUUCCAAAAAGAACUCACUGACCAGAUUGUUUCGCUCCAUUAUCCGGAUAUUUUGAAGUACUGCGAAACGAAUGAUGAUGCUGACCUCAUUAUCAAGUCGUUGGAGAUCUGUGUAGACAACUGUAUGCUUGUCAGUACUCAUCCGUACCUACUCAUCAACCAUUAUAUGCCCAAGAACUUGGCCCAGAAGGAUAUGUCCAGCAAAUUGGCAGAUACCAGUGGUAAAUUCAAUGUGCUUCGUGACCUCAUGAACGUGAUAAUCCUGAACAACAUCACUAAAGCAAAAAACGUUGGUGUUGUUAUGAACAACAAUUUAAAAUACUUUGACCUUGUAGAAGCGCUUUUGAUAGGCUGCUCAGGCAACCUGAAUAUCAGAAGGUACGUUGGUAACAACGUCCAGAGAGAGUCGAAAAAGGCUGGAAGAACCAGCAACAAUAACGGUAAUGGAAACACUAGUAGCGAUCCGACUGGUGCUCCCACUACCAUCCACUUGAUACCCUGCGAUGGGAACAUCUUGAAAGACAGGGAUCAGCUCAAUGCUACCAAGUUCGACGUCUUGAUUGUGUUUGACGGAUAUGUCGAUACGAGUAGUGAUUUCU